GGUGGGGGAGGAGCAGGCAGAACGGAACGUGGGUUGAACGUUCUGCUGGGUAGUGUGGAGCUCAAGCUGGUACAGGAGUUCAGAUCGACCUGGUGCAUAGAAGCGGAGUGCCCGUGGCAGGGUUCAUUGACAAAUCCUUAGUGAUAUUGACAUGUUUCAAGUGACAAUAAAUUAGCCAAUGACUCGGAAUGAUGGAUUCCCCGAAGAUUGGAAAUGGUUUGCCAGUGAUUGGACCAGGGACUGAUAUAGGGAUAUCUUCACUCCACAUGGUGGGGUAUUUGGGAAAAAGUUAUGAUCCUGCUAAAGUCCCAUCCGAUGGGUAUUGUCCUGCUUGUAGAGAGAAGGGAAAGUUAAAAGCCUUAAAGACUUACCGAAUUAGUUUUCAAGAAUCUAUCUUUUUGUGUGAGGAUCUGCAGUGUAUUUCAAUGCUCAAUGCACAAUCAUUAAUCCAUCUCAAGCCUAAUUCUCAUCAGUCUCCAACUCCAAAUAAGCCUAAAAAAAGAAAGAUCUUGGAAACCAGUGAUAAAGAUUCACCUUUUUUAGCAAAUUGUAAAAAGACUAAAAAUCAGUUUGUUACUGAUGGUGAACAAGGUUCGAACAGCAGACAUAAUGAAGCCAAUGAUGAAAUCUCAUCAGACUUGCCUGGUAGACCACACAGUAGUCAGCAGGAUCCAGUUAGGAUGGCUGACUCCUUCGGGCAGACUGGGAUUUUGGAAGCCGAUACUGCUGGCAUGGCUGCUAAAGAAGAUCCUACUAGAGUUGAUGUUUCUGGAAGUGGAAGGAUUUCUCCUCAAAAUGAAGGAUGCACAUCUGAACUGGAAUUGCCAUUGGAGAGCAAAUGUACAUCACUGCGCCAGUCUUUAUGUGUCCAGUGGAAAAACUCUCACGCUCUCUGUUGGUUAGACUGUAUCCUGUCAGCAUUGGUGCACUUGGAAGGGUUAAAAUACCCCGUGACUGACCUGUGCUCUAAGGAGGAAUCUGUGCUCUGGCGCUUGUUCACAAAUUAUAAUCAAGCCAAUAAGCUUCUGCAUACCAAUCAGUUGGAUGGAGUUAAAGAUGGAAAUGGUAUAAAAUUUACUUCAGAAAUAUUUGCAAAGAUAGAGACCUGUCUGAAUGAAGUAAGAGAUGAAAUUUUUACUAAGCUUCAGCCUCAGCUUAGAUGCACAUUAGGUGAUACAGAAAGCCCUGUGUUUGCAUUUCCCCUGCUCUUAAAAAUGGAACCCCACAUUGAAAAGCUCUUCAUGUAUUCUUUUUCUUGGAACUUUGAAUGUUCACAGUGUGGACACAAGUAUCAAAACAGAUGUAUGAAGAAUCUAGUCACCUUUACAAAUGUCACCCCUGAGUGGCACCCACUUAAUGCUGCUCAUUUUGGUCCAUGUAACAAUUGCCACAAUAAGUCACAGAUAAGAAAAAUGGUAUUGGAAGAAGUAUCCGCCAUAUUCAUGUUGCACUUUGUAGAAGGCUUGCCGCAUAAGGACUUGGAGCAAUAUUCAUUUCAUUUUGGAGGCUGUCUUUAUCACGUAACUUCUGUAAUUCAGUACCAAGCAAAUAAUCAUUUUAUAACGUGGAUUUUAGAUGCUGAUGGAAGCUGGCUGGAGUGUGAUGACUUAAAAGGCCCAUGUGCUGAAAGACGUGAGCAAUUUAAAGUGCCUGCUUCAGAGAUACAUAUUGUUAUUUGGGAAAGAAAGGCGUCCCAAAUGGCAGAUAAAGCAGCUGCCUGCCUUCCACUGGAAAAGACUGAUGGCCAGCCCGCGUCCGGAGGUGAGGGGCAAGCGUCCCCGGCGGUAUUUUCUGUGGCUGACGCUGCCUCAGCUGAGGCGUCCUCAGGAACUCAGCCCCCAAAUACAUCUGUUGCUCCCACUCUUUCAUGGGAUGGAGUUGUAGCUCUUGAACAUCAUUUACUUCCAAGCCCAAAAGGUUUGGUUGACAGUAUUUUACCUUUGACAUUUGAAGAAACGCAGGUUAAAUCUGAAGGUUUCCCAUUAGUAAAUAAACCUGUGGCAGAAAAUGGAGGCGUUGUCAGAACAAAUACUCCACAAUCCCAAGAACCACUAAUGGCUUCUCUAGUAUCAGCUUCGUGUAAGGAAAAGCUUACCCAAGACCCGUGUGUGGAAUUAAGCUUUCCAUCUCAAAUUGUGAAUGCAGACAUGCAGUCUGUACAGCUGAGCGCAGAAGACACUGAAAUGACUGAACCCGUGAAUAAUGCCCGUGCUCUUGAUCCUAUACAGGAAGUAAAAGCAAUAGAAAUUGAAGGUACAGUUUCCUCAGAGAAGGACAUCCCAUUAAAACAAUGUCUUUCACCAAAAACAGAGAAAUUAAAGCCAGAACAUUAUGUUAAACCUCAGGUAUCUAAUUCGAAGAAAAAAGAAAUUGCAGCAUGUUCUCAAACCAUAGCAGCUAAGUCACUACAGAAUCCAUCUCUGAAAGAGACUCAGAAGAAACCGUUUGUGGGAAGUUGGGUUAAAGGCUUGCUAAGCAAGGGGGCAUCUUUUAUGCCGCCCUGUGUCUUAGCUCAUAAUAGAAACACCGUAGCUGAUCUGCAGCCUUCAGUUAAAGGGGCCAGUAAUUUUGGUGGCUUUAAAACUAAAGGUAGAAACCAAAAGGCCAACCAGGCAUCCAGGAAAGCUCACAGGUUUGCAAGUAAGCCUCCUUCAGUUGGGGACCCUCCACCAAGUGACCCACUGCCAGGGGACGUGGCUUCUCAUCUACAGGCUGAUGUCAGUGCUGCUUCAGAAGUUUUGAAGAACAGUGAAAACGCCUCACAAGGAGCUCACCUCAGCCACAGUUCCUGUGGAAAUGAAAAUGGUGUUUCUUCAGUAAACCAUGGAGACUCAGUUGAGGGUCAGAUUCAUAAACUUCGUCUAAAACUUCUUAAAAAACUUAAGGCAAAAAAGAAGAAACUGGCUGCUCUUAUGUCUUCGCCCCAAAAUGGAAUGCCUGCAAGUGAAAAUGUAGAACCUGUGUCCCAGUGUGGGUCUCCUAAUGACUGUGACUCAAUAGAAGUUUUGUUAAAAGAACUACAAUAUCAAAUUGAUAUUGCCGAUAAUAAAUCCGGAUGCACCACAGUUUCUGGUGUUUCCUCUUACAGUGGUCAAACUCAUGAAGAAAUUUUAGCAGAAUUGCUGUCUCCUUCAACUGUUGUUUCAACAGCACUCUCAGAAAACGGGGAGGCUGACUUUAGAUACUUAGAAAUGGGAGACAACCACAUCCCGGCACCAGUACCUAAUGCUUUAGACAGUACUCCCCCCAACAUACAUCUGAGACAGGACCACAAUUACUGCAGCCCCUCCAAGAAAAAUCAAUGCCAAGUUCAACCAAACUCUCUCACAAGUAAUGCCUGCAGUAGAACAUUGAACUGGGAAAGUUCCGUGAAGACUGAUAUUUUUGAUGAAUUUUUUUCCACUUCAGCAUUAAACUCUUUAGCAGAUGACACAGACUUACCUCAUUUUGAUGAAUAUCUGUUUGAGAGUUGUUGAAAACUCUUUUUUAAUAUUUAUUACUGCUCUUGGAAAAACUUGCCAUGAUUUUAGGUGGUGUUGCUACACUGGCCUUGUCAUGAACAGAAUGUGAGCUACUGAAGGUUCUACCUUUGGUCCCGCCCCUAAAGCGUGCAAUCUGUUUCACAAUUUAAAAUGUUCAGGAAUUUGUUUUCCCUGUUGGCUUCAUUAGUACUUUUGGAGAAUGAGGAUUUCAAAAUGAUUAAAAAAAGUUGUGUCAGUUUUCUGGCAUUUUGAACAGUUGGGUACUAUUAAAUACCUACUUUUUAAAUUUGGGGUCUGUUCCAGAAAAACACUAAUCUUUCUGAACGUAAAUGACUGUAUAUGGUAUAUGAAUGUGUGACGGUGUUACUACUGUUUCUUAUACAGAUGGAGUGCCGUGGAAUGUAAACGUCCCCCAUACAACUUGUCUCCUUUUUCUCCCCGUACAAAGGAUGGCAGGAAACCUUGUUAGUACAACUUUAAUGUUACAUGAUGAGUAAAUGAUCUAUAAUAGAAAAAGUUGUCUGUUUUUGUGUUGAUGUGCAAAUGGUAUAUCACAAAUAUCUUUCUCCCUGAGAAAUUUAUUUGUGACCAGGGUGGGACACCAUCCAACAAUUCUAUUUUGAGAGAAAGUAAUAACCUUGCUAUCAAGGCCAAGAGCCAAGCACUGUUAUUAAUCUCAGCGGUAAGACAGUUAAAAAAAUAAAAAAGGAAAUUCUUGCUCUUCAGGAUUUUGCGUUUUAACAAGGAAAAAUAUAUAGUGUUAGGUGGUAAUAGGAGAUAAAGUUGAUUGUUGCUAUUUGUGGCAGCUUUGCUAUAAAGUUUCCGUGAACCCUAAAUUAGCAAAUUCUGAACCUUUUCUCCUAGGGGAAAUAGAGUUAGUUUCGUGUGAGCCUCUGGUCACCUCUGGUUUCUUGACCCACAGAUUAACAAAUAACCUUGCUUUUGUGUGUUUCUGUUUAAAGAUACCUUAUGUAAUAUAUAUUGUUGAUGAAUAAACAUUUAGCACAAGGCCAACAAUGUCAGAGGGGAAUGUAUAUGGCAAGUGACUCAAAUUUUUCACUGCUCUGUGUUUGCCCAUAAAGAACCACAAAUACUAUAUUGGUUUUUAUAAUUUGCAAAUAAAUGUUAGCAAAUAGGUGAAUUCACAAACACAAUCUGAGUAAUGAGGUUUGUAUAACAUCAGAGGGCACCAAAUGCUAUGGGAAAAAGUGGAUGAGUGAAUGGGAGGACUUGAGGUCGAGUGGGCAUGGAAGGUUUCUUGGAGGUGGGUGACAUUCGAGCAGGGACUUUAAUGAAGGUAGGGGUUGGCAGGUGACCCUUGAGGAAAGGGCAUUCCGGGAAGAAAAGUCCUGAGGUGCUUGGUGUGACUGAGGACAGGCCAGUGUGGCUGAGCAGAAUCCAAGGGCAGCAGAGUUACGACGAGAGUUACAGAGGUUGGCAGAAGCCAGAUCUGGUGUGGCUUUGGCCGUAGUAAGGACCUUGUCCGUGCUUGAGAACAAUGGGAAGCCACUGGAAAGUUUCAGCCAAGGGAGUGAGGAUCCUGUGUGUUUCAGAAGGGUCACAGUGAGGAGAGUGACUGUGGUUGGUCAGAGCCCAGCUUCCAGUCUGUUAGAGGCUCCUGAGGACCCAGACGAGGUGGCUGUGGAGGUGGUGUGUCCUACUGCGGUUGCAUUUCAAGGCAAGUCAACAAAAUGUGUUGGUGCAUUGGAUGUGGGGUAGAAGUGAGUCAGAGAUGAAUCUCUGGUUUUGUGGCCUGAGCAAAGGACAGACUUGGAAAGGAAAAAUUUAAAGGAAAGAAUUUAUUCAGUGUUGGACACUGUUAAGUGUAAGAUUCCUAUCGGACUUCCAAGAGGAGGUAAUUCAGUAGGAAGAUGGAUGUACAGCCCUGGGGCUCAGAUGAGAGGCAGACGUUGGAGAUACUCAGGAAUUACAGAUACGUGGAUCAUCUAAUGCUGUGGUAUCAGAUAGGGUCAUUUAGGGAGAUACACAGCUCGGGGGGACAAAAGGGGCAGUCAGACGACCAGAUGAGUGGUGUCCUGACAGUCAAGGGAAGAAUGAUUUUUAGGGAGGGUGUGAUCUGUCCAAUCUGACGCUGAUGUGUCAGAUGCUGCUGAAAAGAGCAGCAAUUUGAGGGCAGAACUGACCGCAGGCUUGGGUGUCAGGGAAGCCCUUGGUAACUUGGCAAGGACAGUUAAGCAGAGCUGUGAAAACAGGUGUGAGUGGGAUGGUGAGAGUGCGGACAAGCGUCUCAUUCUUCUGAAGCAUUUACCUGGUGCCAGUAAGGGAAGGCGAGGUCAAGGUCUCUGUUAAUAUUUCUACAAUGGACAUGUCUUAAUAGAUUUACAUGUGGACCUGAGCCUUCCAUGGAGAGAGACAAAUGGAUAUUGCAGAUAACAGAAGGGAGAGUUGCUGGAGUUAAUUUCUCCAGGAAUGGGAUCCAGUAUAAGAGGAAGAUGUGACCUAAAAAAGCUAGAAGAGUUUAUCCAUUUUAAUACUGGGGAAGACAAGGUAAGUUAGUUAGAUUUGGUGAUGAGAGAAUGAGAAAGAUCUCGUGAAUAUUUACUCAGAAAUACAGUAAAAUCAACCACUGAGUGUGGUGAGAAGAGGAGCUGAUGAUUGAGAAAGAGUGUUUGGAGUUAGCCUGAGAACUGGUUUGAGUAAGGCCGUGCAGUAAGCAGGGUUGCUGGGCAGUUCUGAGAGACCACAGGAGGUUUAUGGUCAUAAGUUUAGCUGAAACCAGUUCAGAUGGUUAUUUUUCUCCAAUCAUGUUUGCUGUUCUCCAAUCAUGUUUGUCAGGUUCAAGACAGAGCCGAUGGAAAGUUAUAUUCAGCCAGAUAAGUAUUGCCAGACAAAUGGGUCAGAGUAUAAAAGGAAUUAAGUCUUUAUGCAAGGAAAAUGAUAGUGAUGGAUAAGAAGGGAAGUAGGACACAGGGCAGGAAAUGGUCAUUUAAAAUGUGGUGGCUCAUCCCCAUGGAUUGGAGACAGGGGUCAAAGAAUGCUGGAGAGGACCUAGUGGAGGAAGUAAGCUGGGGAGACGGUGUGCUUGAAAUUGCUCUCAGAGGCAGCCCGGUUACGGGUGCUGAUAAGGUAAGAAAAGGGAGAAUGCCUGGACAAGCUUGGGUGAGUACAUAAAAAGUGAGGAAGUAAAGGAACAGGGUGGUGUAUGGAUAUACUUUGGGGAAGGCAAAGUCAUCGAAGUGGCCACGGAGCCCUACCGUUUGGAAAGAAACACACAGUAAGCCGGGAGCUGAAAUGCUGAAGGUCAGGCAGAGCCCUGCAACAGCAGGCGGUGGCCAGAAGAGCAGUACGUGUAGUUCAGCCUCAAGGUUUGGUGCUUCGAAUAUAGCUGGUGGGUUAACUGGAAGAUGGGGGGACAGGUCAAAAACAACAGGUUCCAGGAAGAUAAAACAGCCCCCACUGGAUAGGCCUGUAGGGGAGGCUGUUUCUUCAGGGGAUGUUCAGAUUUAACUUAGCACACGGGCAGGGAAGAGACUGUUUAAGGAGGCUGGGAUGGGGGAGGUCCUCUCAGUGACCCCAUGCAUUCCAGAGGGCACUGUGGGAGGAUCAGGGGUUGAAUGGGAGCAGGAGAUUGGGAAAGAUUAGAUCUAAGGGAUGUCUGGGGAGGCUGAGAGUUCAAAGGGUGACAUACAAGAGUGUGGUGUACGAUGGGAUCUCAGGGAGAAGAGGUUGGCCGUGGGGAUCAUGAAUUCUCAGAGCAUCCCUCCCGGGACUGGCCGCCGGGGACAGUGAAAGGUGAGGCGAGACGGAAGUUUAUGAAGAGGGAUCCCUCACUGGGUGAAUUGGAAUCUAACUGGUUUUUAUCUGCUCUUUAAGUAUAAAGGCAUUCAACUUUUUCCAUCCUGUGCCAAUUUUGGUUUCCAGUUGACCAUCAUUUUUAAUGGUUUGACAGUUUUAUAUUAUUUGUCUUUUCCUUUUGGUAUGUUUUACAAAGGUCCUUUCCACCCCAAAAUUAUAUAUCAAUAAUUUAC